UAACCCUUCACUUUUGACCGAUUGUGUGGAACAUCAAUGACAUCGGAUUCUUGGUCUUGGCAGCCUCACGAUCCUUCGAUUUCAGCGAGCUCGAGCUCCGCCACGUAACCACAACUUUUCGCGUCGCGUGUCCACCAGCCCGCCAUGAACCAGAUCCGCGCGAUCCAGGCGCUCAACAAGCGCGAGAUCGAGAAUGGCGUGCCGCCCGAGGCUUCGUGGCACGCGGACUACCGCGACACGGCCUUCAUCUACUUCGGCGGCCUGCCAUAUGAGCUGUCCGAGGGCGACAUCAUCACCAUCUUCAGCCAGUUUGGCGAGCCCGUCUUCCUCAAGCUGGUGCGCGACAAGGAGACCGGCAAGUCCAAGGGCUUCGGCUGGCUCAAGUACGAGGACCAGCGCAGCACCGACCUGGCCGUCGACAACCUGGGCGGCGCCGAGAUCGGCGGCCGCCUGAUCCGCGUCGACCACGCACGGUACAAGAUGCGCGACGACGAGGACCUGGAGGAGUACAAGGUCGGCUGGGAGGACAUGCUGCGUCGGGAGCGGGCCGAGAAGGGCUUGCCGAGCGAGAGCGAGGACGAGACGGACGAGGAGGAGGAGCACGCGCGGCGGGCGAGACCGAUGCUCAAGGAAGAACGGGAACUACAGCUCUUGAUACAGAACCACGACGACGACGACCCCAUGAAGCAGUUUCUGAUAGACGAGAAAAAGAAAGAGGUCGAGGAGGCGCUGCGCAGGGAGAAGAGGCGGGAGGAGAAGGAGCGCCGGCGACACAAAGACAGGGACGAGGACAGGCAUCGCCACCGAUCGCAUCGGUCAUCAAGGAGAGACGAUAGCGAGGACGAGAGUCGCAGACGGGACAAACACAGGUACAGAGACCGGGACGAGCGUGGGGCUGAUAGGGAGGGCCGGCCUAGGAGGGAUACGACUCCCGUGGAGGACCGUCUCGGUGGCAGUAGCGACGAGGGACGGAGGAAACGCCGUGACGCUUCUCGUGACCGAGACCGCAGGCGAGAGGACGGACAUGACGGAGGCGACCGGGAGAGGAAGCACGACCGUCACCGCCGAGAUGACCGCGAUGACGGAGAGUCUCGCAGCGAGCGUGACGGGCACCGGCGGCGAGCACGGGAAGGCUCGCGCGAUCGCAGUGAGCGUCGGCAUCGCGACUCGGAGGACAGGAGACGGCGCGACCGUGACAGGAGUCGUAGCCGAUCGCCACGUUGGGAUCGAGGCUGAAACACCUACACCUUCCGGAGAGUGUUGAUACCACUGGUCUUUGGCACAUGCCUGCCCCGGGACGGGAACAGGACAAUGCAUAGAGGAGAACGUACCGCAGCGUAUUUAAGAUACCCAUACAGCCCAUAAAAGCAAAUUAGCCAAAGCCACCCAAACCGACCCAACCACUGAUAUCUAUCCA